AUGCCGCGUAUCGUACGACGUCGCCCGCUCGCAGAGCGCAUCCAAGCCUAUCUCAACCCGUGGGACUUUUUACUCUGGGUUUCUGAAGAAAUCGAUGGACAUGAUUGGGAACAAAUGGAGAAAGAUUGGGGUCUUGCUAUUGGAGCUGGUCUCAAUUUCGUGUUUCUUGUAGCACGCGCAAACAGUCGAUCAAGUGGGAGCAAAGCUAUUGAUGAUGUGUUUGGUGAAGAUGAAGGCGUACCCUGGCUUAGUUGGCUUGCAGCGGUCAUCACUCAUUCGUUACUCCUUUUCUCCGCGGUGAAUGCCAUCUAUACAUUUUUCCGCAAGAAGCGCUAUCGCAUGUUUGAGGCGCCUAUCGACAAAACUCUCGCAACACCCUCAGCUCACCGUGUACGAGUUGACUCAAGCCCAAUGUCAUCCUCUCCUUUCCGAUAUCUCGCCAAUGCCAUCUCCACUGAAUCGGCUCAGUCGCGUGCUCAUCCGGACGCACACCGUGAUGUAUGGGAGGUUGCAAUGUGGGAUCCUUUACCUAUGAGCAUUCGACUGUUAUGCUUAUUUAGCCCUGGACAUGUCUUGAUUUACUGGCUUUUCCUACCAACGCAAAUUUCCGACCCCCGCCCAAGUGUCACAAUCGUCACAACCGUCUUCCUCACGACUCUCCUUUCAGUUCAAAUGUCUUUAAUGUCCACCUCCUACGCACAACAAGCUAAAGAUUCUACACUAGUACACAAGGAAGUACUAAAAGAAUACGAUACCAAGUUCGUACACCCCCGCACUCGUCCAUUGAUGAGGGAUGUUGGCACACAAUUUUCGGAAGAGGACGAUGCCAAGUCCAGCGCGGAUGCUCAGAACAGAGUCGAGGUCUAUACACCAACGUUUAUCAUCAAUCGCGGCUUCAAGACAAGUCCCAAUCCAAACUACGUCAGCCAUGUCGAUCCCGAUGGUCUGUCUCCAAGACGCCCUACCGGACCUGCUACGCCGAGCGCCACGUCCAUAUUUCAAAGUCAGCCGUCAUUGCGUACACCUGUUGUCUCGCGCGAUGGCUCUCCAAUGGUGCGCACGGGAAAUAAUUCAAUGCGGCAACCUCAGUUUCGCCCAGCGUCCACAACUACGGGCGAUGGGGGUAGCUUAGGUGUGUAUACACACUCUAAUUCCCCGCUGAGAAAGUCUGCAUCAACUGCAUUUGAACGUCGGGUUCAAAAUAAUGGGGACUUUAUCUAUACACAAAGGGCGGCUAGUCCCACUAAACCUAGCCCGCUCAAGCGAAGCAGUCUUGCACCAGCACCAAUGAGUCCUGCAACGGGGAUGGGAGUUCAUAGGGCAGGUAGCCUCAACCGUCGGGAGACUGGUCGGUUCUAG